AUGUCGGAAAAUAAUGUGACACAAAAUGAAACGGAGGAGGCGCUGGCGAGGAAAAAUAUGGGUGACAAAAAAUUUCAUUCGGAAACAAGUUUACAACACUACAGUCAAAAUGAAGAGAACGCCUCGACAGAACUAACUAUGGAUCCUGGGCAGGUACAAAAUGCCUUUAUCACGCGUAUGUCUUCGUCGAUCAUGGAUGAAAUUCCGACGAGAAGACGGACCAUGUCACAACCAGGACCUAUAUCAGGAAGUCUACAGACUGCAAUAGCUGCGCGUGCGAAGCGGCGUCAGUUACGAAGCGUGAUGUACGCUGAUGACGUUAUUGAAAAUAGUAACGCAGAUAAGCUGAGUAAAUUAAGCGUUGUCAUUAGAGAUGAUUAUUCCCUUCCACCGGUGACGCCCGGAAGUGACAGAAACAGCCCGGGUCCAUAUAUAUACAAUAACAGAAAUGGAGACAUUAAAUCCCUCAGUAAUUACCGUUUACAACUGAACGAAGUUAGAGGUGGCAGCACACCACGAAAGCGCUCCGUCGUAACAAUGGACGCUCAAUCUAUACGUUCAGUAGAGACGCAAGCGCCGCCACCGACUAGCCCUGAAGACAAUGCUAGACUCUCUGCGAAAUAUUUAGCGCUCAUCCUAAGCUCUAUGUACGCCAUACUGUUAGUAACACUAGGAUUAAUCAUUUACCCUGGGGAACCAUUUGUUGACUUAACAAAUCCAUCACUGAUCUAUUCCCUAUGUCUCUUGGGUAUUGGAUUCGUAUUCCAGCUUUACUUGCUAAUCGACAUAGGCAGGUACAAAGGGAUCGCAAUGAAGAACCAGAAAAUCAAAGGAAUACAUAUGGACAAAUUCUCGGAAUUUCUCAGGAAACAAGAGAUAGAUGAGGAUUUCGGUAAUGAACCGGGUGAGAGAGCGACGGAUUUGAAUCGGAGUAGUUCUAUUCCGUCACCUGUACUGAUACCACUAAACCACGACUACUGCUUCAGCCAAGGCAGACAUUCUGGAAGCUUCUAUCUUAAGUUGGGUGCUGCAGGUUUUGCAUUAGGACAUCUGGUACACUCAGUGCUACUGAUUGCGGUUCAAGUCGGCUUUAUAUUAGACGAAGAUAUACCAAACGAGGAGUGCGUCAAUAUACUACAAGUGGUGUUCGAUGUGUUGCAGCCCCUUUACUGCUUCUUACAACUUUACUUCAUAUUCAAAUACUGCAACGUGCUCAUUUUGAAAGCUCAGGGUUUGGCAUACUUUGGAUUCAUGCACAUGAUCGGCAGCAGUCUAUGUUUUUGGAUUUUCAACAUCGUUCGGGAAACUAUUUUAGCAUUAACUAUUUAUGCGCAAAAGAAAUAUGGCAACAAUACCAAUGUUGAGGAAGUUGAAGAUAUCGAAGUGGCCAUAGCUCGCUUUGAUUUAAGCGACUUGUACAGACAAAAUUGUACCGGAUCGGAUGUAAUGACAACGAUAAUAUCCAAUCUUUCACCGUACUUGUAUCCUUUUGGAGUUGAAUUUAAUAUUUUAAUAGUGGCUGUUUAUUAUAUAAUAUGGAGCAACAUUGGAAAUUGUGAAAAUGUUGACGCUGCCGAUGGAAGUUCGAGUUUGGAUGACACUCAAACUAUUUGCAAGAUACCAACAGCACACGAAGACAAUGAUUACACGAGUAAUAUCGUCAUCUACGCCGAUUGCCAUGCUUCGAACAAGGGACUGUUUUUGGGACUUAUAUUGACUGUCAUUAUAGUCGGAAACCUUAUUAUUGGUUUUGUGCUGGGUAAUCUUGGAAAUGAUUAUGCUGUUGUCGGCCACCUAAUAAGCAGUUGGGUGAGACUUGGAAUACAUACAAUUAUGUUGCUUGCUGUCGUAAUAGCUUUCAACCAGACGAGAAAACUACACAUCAACGAGCACCCAAUAUCGUUACUUGAUGACAUUUUGCUGUUCGUUUGUCUGCCAGCGUUUUUCCUCGAAACGGCGCUGUCACUUAUGGCUACGAUCAAUAUGAACAAUAUUGUUAGGAGCGUGGACUUUCUGAUGAUGGUGAUACAAGUUGUUCUUCAAACAGCGGUUCUAGUGGACGGUCUGCGCAGAUGCAGUAAUACACGAAAACUUCGUAGAAACAAACCUGGUCGAGAGAUCCUCAUGUUCCUGAUAAUAGCAAACGUAGCCAUGUGGAUGAUAUACACCUUCUCGUAUAAGUCACCAGAUUCUCUUGACGAGAGAUACAAGUACUUUGGAAAGGAGCUGUGGAGUAUUUUAGGACAUAUAUCGCUUCCACUUAUGAUGUUUUAUAGAUUUCACUCCAGCGUUUGUUUCGCUGAUAUCUGGGACGCCGCCUACAAACCUGGCUCCGAACAUUGA